AUGUCUGUGUGUUUACGACAUAAUGAAACUAAUGAACGUUUGUCUGUGUCUGUGUUGUCCAUCACAGCCCCGGGUGUGUACACGUGCCAGACAUGCAACGCGUUGUUCACGUGUUUGGAUUACUACCAACAGCACCGGCGAAACCACGCCGAGUGCAAUGGCAUCAAACUGUUGACAUGCAGUCACUGUCCAUACUCUAGUGAUAACUCGUUUCAUUACAAUUGGCAUAUUAUGUCCCACACCGGCAAACCUCCGCACAGGUGUCAGGUGUGCAGCAAACCACAGCUCACCACCGCCUCCACGUCGCCCAUCAAACACGAGCCCAUCGGACCCAUUGACAGCAUCUCCGAUGAAGAGCCCUCCGCCUGUAUUAUGUCCGGCAAACGGUUAGUAUUGUGCGUAACGAUGGCUAACAGAUCCGCUUUCCCAGACAUUCCCGUCGCUAAUGAUUUGAUUUUAUCGGUGGCGACGGCAACCACUGAUGACCUGUUAUUAUCAUCUAAUAUGCAGUCAACGCAGAGCUCGUGUCGCAUGAGCUCCAAAGGCAUUAUGGCAUCACUUAAGGAUGACGACGAAGAAGAGAGCGAUGAAGAAGAGGAGGAAGAAGAGCAAGAAGAAGAAUAUGGUGUCAGUGUUGAGACAAUUGUUCCCAAUGUUAUCAAUAAUAAUAAUAUUAGUAAUAAUAGUAAUAAUAAUAAUAAUAAUAAAAGAGUGAAAACUAGUGAACAGACCGGAAGUGAAGGCAAUCCAAAGCCAAGAGGUCGUGGAAAAGGCAAUCGUAAGUCGAGAGUGAAUGCGUUUUUCGAUGGCAUCGACGGCUCCGGUGCUGGCUUUUAUUUCAUACUAUUAUUAUAUAAUCCCAAACAAAACGACCGCAAUGUCGACGACGAAGAAGAGGAGGAAGAGGUGCCCAAUAAUGAUAGGAACGGUGACAACGAGUCGGAGGUCGACGAUGAAGAGGAUGACGACGAAGAAGAGAGCGAUGAAGAGGAGGAGGAGGAAGAGCAAGAAGAAGAAUAUGGUGUCAGUGUUGAGACAAUUGUUCCCAAUGUUAUCAAUAAUAAUAAUAUUAGUAAUAAUAGUAAUAAUAAUAAUAAUAAAAGAGUGAAAACUAGUGAACAGACCGGAAGUGAAGGCAAUCCAAAGCCAAGAGGUCGUGGAAAAGGCAAUCGUAAGUCGAGAGUGAAUGCAUUUUUCGAUGGCAUCGACGGCUCCGGUGCUGGCGUUGAAGGCAUACGACGAAAGUUUCAUUGUUCUCAUUGUGGUAAUGGUAAGAGUUUCAAGACGAAGAGCCAUUUGCAGAGGCAUAUACUGACCCAUACGGGAGAAAAGCCAUACCAUUGCAACCGAUGCGGCAGUAAAUUCAAUCAGAGCUCAUCCCUACGCAAUCACAUCAUAGCAAUCCAUACGAAAGAAUAUCCCCAUUACUGUCCCACAUGUGGUAAAGGCUUUCUGAUGCCGGCGUUACUCCAGAAGCAUUUGGCCACAAGUCAUCGCAACAAGUGAUACGUCAAUCGACACCUCAAACGGAUCCCGCGUUUGAGUUAUCAUUACAUUUGAUGUAUCAAUUGGUAACACAUUUGUUGUUAUUUCUCAUUUGGAAAAAAUACAUAUUAUUUUUCAGACAAAAUAGUGCCAC